AUUGAUUUAUUUCUAAGACUUACUAAUAUGUAGCUUCACAAGUUUUCCGAGCUUUCUUGAAUUACACUAACAUAUUUUUUUCAUUUAUAUAUUGGCUAUUGCCAUCAUCAACUUGUUCGCUUCUUACACACUUUGCGAUCUCAAAAGGGCCAUUGUUGAUCUUCAACUGGUUGAAGAUGGAAGAAAAUGGCAGGUUUCUUCAUGGCACACUCGAAGUAACGAUCUUUCGUGCAACAAUGUAUAAAUCAUCUGUCCCAUUUAAGUGUAUAUCUUUAGGUAGAAGGUCUUCAUAUGUGACUAUCAAGAUUGACAACAAAAAAAUGGCAAAAACUAGUAAUGAAAGUGACCAUGUUUGGAAUCAAACCUUCCAAAUCUUGUGUGCUCAUCCACCACAAACAAUUAUCACAUUGACAUUAAAAAGGAGGCGUUCGGUUUUGGGGAAGAUCGAGAUACAUGCUCAUAAGCUUUUAGGCGAGUCGAGCUUGAUCAAUGGGUUCUUUCCCCUCAGUAGGCAGAGUGGGAAGCAGAAGAAGAAGCUCAAGCUGCAGUUUAUUGUAUGGUUUAAGCCUGCAGAAGAUGAAAAACCUUGGGAGAAAGCAUUGGAAAAUGGUGGAUAUCAAGGCCUUAAAAAUGCUUCUUUUCCUUUGAGAUCAAGUUGUGGUGUCACAUUGUAUCAAGAUGCUCACCACCACCCCUCGUUCCAGCCGCCCUCGGAUGCUAGGCCUAGACGCCUAUGGGAGGACGUGUACAACGCGAUUGAUGGUUCAAAGCACUUGAUCUAUAUUGCAGGGUGGUCAUUCAAUCCUAGAAUGGCCUUGGUACGUGAUCCUGAAACGGAUGUCCCUCACGCACGAGGGGUGAAGCUCGGGGAGCUGCUGAAACGCAAGGCAGAUGAGGGGGUGGCUGUGAGGGUCUUGCUGUGGGAUGAUGAGACAUCCUUACCUUUGAUCAAGAACAAAGGUGUGAUGAAGACUCAUGAUGAGGAUGCACUUGCUUAUUUCAAGCACACGAGAGUCGUCUGCAAGCUAUGCCCGAGGCUGCAUGACAAGUUUCCCACCGCGUUUGCCCAUCACCAGAAGGCCAUAACAGUGGACAGCCUCGUGGACCACUCAUCAAGAAGCCGCGAGAUCAUGAGCUUUCUUGGUGGAUUAGACCUCUGUGAUGGGAGGUAUGACACAGAGGAGCAUUCCCUCUUCAAGACCCUCAACACGGAGUCGCAUUGCUAUGAUUUCUACCAGACCAGCCUCCAGGGGGCCAGCCUCCACAAAGGGGGACCGAGGGAGCCAUGGCACGACGUGCAUGCUUGUGUUGUAGGCCAAGCAGGGAGGGAUGUGCUUGAAAAUUUUGAGCAGAGAUGGACUAAGCAAUGUGAUCCAUCUCUACUAGUUCCGGUUAGCUCGAUUCAAGAACUGUCUCAGUCUCAGCAGCCUAACCCCACCACCUCUGCCUCUGAGAGGAGUUGGAAUGUGCAAGUUUUUCGCUCCAUUGAUCAUGUCUCCGCGUGCCCUCUACCUAAGAACCUCAGCAUCGAGAGGAGCAUACACGAGGCGUAUGUGGAGGCGAUAAGGAGGGCAGAUAGGUUUAUAUACAUAGAGAAUCAAUACUUCAUAGGAGGGUGCCAUAUGUGGGAGGAAAACAAGCAUUGUGGUUGUGGGAACUUGAUUCCUAUUGAGAUUGCUCUCAAGGUGGCUAGCAAGAUCAAGGCGGGGGAGAGGUUCAACGCGUAUAUAGUGAUACCAAUGUGGCCCGAGGGCGUGCCCGAGAGUGAGACGGUUCAAGACAUACUGCAUUGGACUAGAGAGACCAUGAAGAUGAUGUAUAGAAUCAUAGCAGAAGCAAUUCAAAAAAGUGGCGAGGAUUCUCAUCCAAGAGACUACUUGAACUUCUUCUGCCUUGCAAACCGUGAAACCGAGACGAAAGGGGAGUUUGUCCCUCCAUACAAUCCACACCCUGCAACACACUACUGGAGUGCACAGAAGCAUAGGAGGUUCAUGGUUUAUGUCCACUCAAAACUCAUGAUAGUGGAUGAUGCUUAUCUUCUGAUAGGCUCAGCCAACGUGAACCAAAGAUCGAUGGAUGGGCAACGGGACACUGAGAUGGCCAUAGGCUGCUAUCAACAUCAGCCAAAAAAUGGAGGAAUUCGUGCUUUUCGUCUCUCAUUGUGGUAUGAGCACACUGGGAGAGACGAAGAAGUCUACAAAGAGCCUCAAAGUUUGGAAUGUGUGAAGACUAUGGUAUCAAUAGGUGACAAAAUGUGGAAGAUUUACAGCCAAGCUGAAGUGCAAGAUAUGAAAGGUGUUCAUUUAGUGACUUAUCCUGUUAAUGUGACUGUGAAGGGCUGUGUCGGGGAUUUGGCCGAGAUAGAUGGCUAUUUCCCUGACACCAAAACACUGGUGAGAGGGAGGCGAUCGAGUGUUUUAUCAUCUGUAUUCACUACAUAGAAAAUGACUGCAGUGGAGGAAGGACUAAUAUCUGUAAAAUCUCAUUUAAUAGAAUUUGACUUCAAUUGUUCAUGAAUGAUUCAUAGAUUGUUGCAUAUCUAUGUGUAUUAUGAAUUUAUGGUUAAUCAUUUAUAUAGUACAACUUUUAUCUUGAUUGAGAUAUCA